GUCAUGUUUCAUUUAUUACGUCCGCGAACUUCCUGCCUGUCGACCUCCGUCCGUCACACUUUCCUCCGAGCUCCCUCCUCCCAAACUCCCUCAAUCUCCCAACAACACCUCCCCCUCUUUCAUCUUCUCCUCCAUCACCAUUUCGCAUCCUCUCCAUCCCGAAUCCCAUCAUCAUAUCGUGCAUUGUCAAACCUCAUUGAGCCAACUGCUUGCCCAUCAUGAGGUUCUCGGCCUCCGCCCUCGUCCUCGGCGCCGCCUCUACCGCGGUCGCUUUGGACCAGCAGGUCCUUGGUGGCAACGACAGCCCCUUCGACUCCAUCAAGGUCGCCGGCCAGAACUGGCUCUCAACCUUUGAGGAGAAGUUUGGCCAGAUGACCACCGAGGCUAAGGCUGUCUGGGACGAGAUUACCCUGCUCGCCCCCGACGCCGUUGAGUCCUUCAAGAAGAACGCUAUCCCCCCCAAGCCCAAGCCCGCCCACCGCAAGUCCGACAAGAAGUGGGACCACGUUGUUAAGGGCGCCGAUGUCCAGGACAUGUGGGUUGAGAAGAACGGCGAGAAGCAUCGCAAGAUCGCCGGCGACCUCAAGAACUUCAACCUGCGCGCCAAGAAGGUCGACCCUGCGGCUCUCGGUGUUGACAAGGUUAAGCAGUACAGCGGUUACCUCGAUGACGAGGAGAACGACAAGCACCUCUUCUAUUGGUUCUUCGAGUCUCGCAACGACCCCAAGAACGACCCGGUCGUCUUGUGGCUCAACGGUGGCCCUGGCUGCUCUUCCCUGACCGGACUGUUCAUGGAGCUCGGCCCUGCGUCUAUCGACAAGAAGCUCAAGAUCGUCAACAACGAGUGGUCGUGGAACAACAAUGCCUCCGUCAUCUUCCUUGACCAGCCCGUCAACGUUGGCUACUCUUACUCGGGCUCCUCCGUCUCCAACACGGUCGCCGCCGGCAAGGACGUUUAUGCCCUGCUCUCCCUCUUCUUCCACCAGUUCCCCGAGUACUCCAAGCAGGACUUCCACAUUGCUGGCGAGUCGUACGCCGGUCACUACAUCCCUGUCUUCGCCUCGGAGAUUCUCUCCCACGAGGACCGUAACAUCAACCUGAAGAGUGUCCUUAUCGGCAACGGUCUGACCGAUGGCUUGACCCAGUACGGCUACUACCGCCCCAUGGCGUGCGGUGAGGGUGGCUAUCCCUCUGUCCUCGACGAGAGCGAGUGCCAGGCCAUGGACAACGCUCUUCCUCGCUGCCAGAGCCUGAUCAAGAACUGCUACGAGUCCGGCAGUGUCUGGUCCUGCGUUCCCGCCAGCAUCUACUGCAACAACGCCCUCAUCGGCCCCUACCAGCGCACUGGCCAGAACGUGUACGACAUCCGUGGCAAGUGUGAGGACAGUAGCAACCUCUGCUACUCUGCUCUUGGCUGGAUCAGUGAGUACCUGAACCAAGACGAAGUCAAGGACGCCCUCGGUGCCGAGGUCGACAGCUACGACAGCUGCAACUUUGACAUCAACCGCAACUUCCUCUUCGCGGGCGACUGGUUCCAGCCCUUCCACCGCAUAGUCCCCAAGCUUCUUGAGAAGAUCCCCGUUCUCAUCUACGCUGGUGACGCUGACUAUAUUUGCAACUGGCUCGGUAAUCGCGCUUGGACCGAGGCUCUCGAGUGGCCUGGCCAGAAGGGCUUCAACAAGGCCGAAGUCAAGGGCCUGUCUGUUGGCAAGAGCAAGGAGUACGGCAAGGUCAAGUCCAGCGGCAACUUCACCUUCAUGCAGCUCUACGGCGCCGGACACAUGGUGCCCAUGGACCAGCCGGAGGCCUCGUCUGACUUCUUUAACCGCUGGCUUGGCGGUGAGUGGGUUGCGUAAAGGCACCCGUGGUAGUGAGGAAUGCCCGAGAGGAAGAUUGGAUAGCGUACUGGAGGAAGACACUCUUGUAGCAGUUGACGCUUGGUCCGGUUUGCGGUACAAGACGGGGCAUAUCAGUGUUUUGUCAAAUACGGGAGGAUCCAGUCGCCUU